UUUUGGUGUAAUCAGCAUGUAAAGGGAAAAGAGGGAGAUGAUGCUUUCUUUAGAGCGUUUUUGUAUAAUUUUUGGAGGAUUGUUUUUAAUGAUUGUGGCAAUUACACUAUUCAAAGAAAGAAGAAUUGCAAAAGGUCCCUGCCACGAACAGUAAUUGCUGGAGAGUGGUGCUGAAAGGACAGCUCUCUUCUCCGCCGUCUCUUAAAAAGAGAAGCAAAGCGAGGAGCCGCGUUUCUGCUUCACCUUGGAGUCAUAGCAGGGGCCAGUUGAAGAGUCGCCUGCUUAAAGCAGCAGUGAGUCCUUCGUUUGCUGGGAGCCCAUUCUGUCGAUACGCUUUCCAUCCCCCAUGUUUUUGUGGUGGUUUUUCUCUGCCUGAUGCUAAAGCGUCUCAUCUAUUUUGCACAAGGACAGAAGAUAGGUUUCCUAGCAGCAGGUGGGGGUUGCUUUUAUUGCGUUCGUAGCUGGCAGUCAAGGGCGCUGGAAUGGCCACCUGAAGAUGGACGGGAAAGCCGCACAAGGAGGAGGAAUUCUUCGUUUGAUACGGACACACAAGGAGCCUGGAGGCAACUGAGAAAGGACAAAGAGCGGCUGGAACGUGAAGAAAAGCCUCUUUCUCUCCGUGAUUAAGUCAUGUCUGAGUCACAGAGAUGGGGAAGCUCGAGGAUAACGAGAGGGUGAUCCUCAAUGUCGGGGGCACCAGGCACGAGACCUACCGGAGCACCCUGAAAACGCUGCCGGGCACCCGGCUGGCUCUGCUCGCCUGCCAGUCCCAAGGCGACUCCCCUGGCGGCGGAGAGGAGCACCACCAGCCGCCGCUUCUGCCCGCCCCCAACCCGGCCCCCAACCCUGGAGGCGGCGGCGGCGGCCCCCUGGAUACCGUGGGCAGGAGCGGCUGGAGUUCGCGCGCCAAUGGCGGCGGCGUCACACGUGGCGGGAGCGGCGCGUGCUGCGAAUUCUUCUUCGACCGCCACCCGGGGGUCUUCGCCUACGUGCUCAACUACUACCGCACCGGGAAGUUGCACUGCCCCGCCGACGUGUGCGGGCCGCUCUUCGAGGAAGAGCUGGCUUUCUGGGGCAUCGACGAGACCGACGUGGAGCCCUGCUGUUGGAUGACCUACAGGCAGCACCGCGACGCUGAGGAGGCGCUGGACAUCUUCGAGGCGCCCGACCUCAUCACCGGCGAGCCACCUGGCGAUCCCGACGACGACGAGUUAGCCGCCAAGCGCUUGGGCAUCGAGGACGUGGGUGCUCUGGGCGCCUCCUCGUCUUCCUCGGCUAACGGGUCCCCUCUUGACGGAAACGGCGGCCGCUGGAAGAGGCUCCAACCGCGCAUGUGGGCGCUCUUCGAGGACCCCUAUUCUUCCCGCGCCGCCAGGUUCAUUGCUUUUGCCUCUUUAUUCUUCAUCCUACUCUCGAUUACCACCUUUUGCCUGGAAACCCAUGAAGCGUUUAAUACCAUCAAAAAUAAAACAGAACCUAUCAAAGGUAGCGAGCCAGUUCUGCAGUAUGAAAUAGAGACAGAUCCAGCUCUAACAUAUGUCGAAGGAGUCUGUGUGGUGUGGUUUACAUUUGAGUUUUUAGUCCGUGUUGUUUUUUCACCCAACAAACGUGAAUUCAUAAAAAAUCUCUUGAAUAUCAUUGACUUUGUGGCAAUUUUGCCUUUCUAUCUAGAAGUGGGUCUGAGUGGGCUCUCCUCUAAAGCUGCUAAGGAUGUGCUUGGUUUCCUCAGGGUGGUGAGGUUUGUGAGAAUAUUGCGAAUCUUCAAGCUCACUCGACAUUUUGUUGGCCUCAGGGUGCUUGGUCAUACACUCCGUGCAAGCACCAAUGAGUUUUUGCUGCUGAUAAUAUUUUUGGCAUUAGGAGUAUUGAUAUUUGCCACCAUGAUCUAUUACGCUGAGCGAAUAGGUGCCAAACCCAAUGACCCAUCAGCUAGUGAACAUACAGAGUUCAAAAACAUUCCAAUUGGGUUUUGGUGGGCUGUAGUCACCAUGACUACUCUUGGAUAUGGAGACAUGUAUCCAAAGACUUGGUCAGGCAUGCUAGUGGGUGCUCUGUGUGCUUUAGCUGGAGUGCUGACCAUAGCCAUGCCUGUGCCUGUUAUUGUCAACAAUUUUGGAAUGUACUAUUCUCUGGCCAUGGCGAAACAGAAGCUUCCAAGAAAGAGAAAGAAGCACAUCCCACCUGCUCCUCAGGCAAGGUCCCCUACAUUUUGCAAGACAGACUUGAAUAUGGCCUGCAAUAGCACACAGGGAGAAGUCUGUCUUGGCAAAGACAACCGGCUGAUGGAACAUAAUAAAUCAGUGUUAUCAGGUGAAGACAGUACAGAAAGUGAGCAGCCAUUGUCACCAAUGGAAAGGCCCCCACCAAUCAGACGCUCUAGCACCAGAGACAAAAACAGAAGAGGGGGAACAUGUUUUCUACUGACAGCAGGUGAUUACCCAUGUGCUACUGAUGGAGGGAUCAGGAAAGGCUAUGAAAAAUCCAGAAGUUUAAACAACAUAACUGGCAUGGCAGGCAAUGCCUUGAGACUGUCUCCUGUAAUAUCACCUUACAGCUCACCUUGUCUAAGACGCUCUCGAUCUCCAAUCCCAUCUAUCUUGUAAACCAGAGGCUAUAAGUUGAUUACAUUUCUGCAAUUUAAAUGCUGCUUAUUAAUUAACGGAAUAGCUAUAGCAUUAACCAAGUUCUAUUGACAGAAGUAUAAAUCUGUGUUAUACUUGUUAGUGUCCAGCAAAAGCACUUGGAUAGCUGGAUAUCCUAAUUUUGCUUGUAAGAUCCUCUAAAGUACAGUAGCUUUGUUUUCUCUUCACCGCUAUUGUCCUACAUUACCACAGCAAUAAAAAAAAAAAACCUGAACAAUGUAAAUAAAUGACCAUAUUUUCAGGGAGAUAUAUUUAAAUAAAUGUGCUUCCAUUGAUAAUUAUUCCAUUGAACCUUCAUUUCUUGUGAUUCCAACCUGUUCUGAAUAUGUCUGAGAUCUUGUCAUAAUUGCAUAGGGUGUGACUUCCGUCUAAUCAUGUUCAUUGACCAUUCUGUUUCCAUUUUCUGAAAUCCAUCUUGCAGAUUAAUUGGAAUCAUAGAUGACCUAAGACUGUGUAGAUUUGUUGUUGUUUUUAAUUGUACCAUCUUAUUGAAAUCAGAGCGAUGUUCGAUGGGUCUGCAUGUGGGAUUGGGUAGUUUGUGUUUAUUUUGGUUCUCUUUGAUUUAUUUUAAGUUUUUUUUCCAAAAAUGUUAUUUCUUGAUUGAUUUAUUUUGGUACUGGGUUAAUAUAUCAGAGUUCUGAAUAUUUCCGGUUGUUUGCACACAGAUAACUGCAAAGAGGUUGUCAUUACUGGGUACACGCAAGGAGAGGCCAGAUCUCUUUCUUAAUGGCUUGGGGAAGGCACAAAACAUGAAAGAAAGGUAAACACAAUCCAGGCUUGCAAUAUUAAGUUAGCAAGUGCUGCUUGGUAGUGCAGUCAUUUGUCUUCUCCAGAAUUCUUCAACAUUUUCAGAUGCAGAGCACCAAGUAAAGAUAUAUAUAUUUAUAAAGAUAUAUAUAUCUAUAUAUCUAUAUAUAGAUACAUAUAUCUAUAUAACUAUAUAUAGAUAUAUAUAUAUAGUUUGGGUUUGUCAUAGCUGUAAGAGGAUAAUAGUUUCAAAAUGGGGUUUUGACCAGCCUUAAACCUCUAACGCUAAGGCUUUCACAAUUUAUUUGUCAAUGUUUCUUUAUUUUUUUUCUUUAAAUGCUUUGUCUUGUGUGUUGUGUUACUGUUUUUCUGUCUGUAUUUUUCAUCUGUCUUCAUGUUCCACAGUUGCCUUCUUCAAAGCUGCUCUUUUCAUGUAAGUUUCCUUCCCCCACUUUUUGAUACAUGUAUCUAUGCAUAUGCUAAGUAUAGCUUAAUAAAUGGCCACUUCCUUAACAUUUUUCAAAAGGUGGGAUUUAGCAAUGGUUUUGUCAUUUCAUUAGGAUUGCUGCUUCAAUCCCACAUUUUUACAAUCUGCAUUCAUCUUUAUGUUCAAAUUUUAUUCUCUAUAAUUGCUUUUUCUUUAUAAUAAAAACAAGGUAACAUGGUUUAAGCAACAUCAUGAACUUAGUUGCAGAUAUGAAGUUUUGGGCUGGUGAGGAAAAACACCCAACAAUGUGAAAGAGUUAAAAAUCUAAAGUUUUAAAAAAAGUAUUAUAAGAGAUAGUUCAGAUUGUUGAAAAUUCCCAGAUUUUUGUAUGUUUAGGAUUGCUAGGAAAACAGAUGUAUCUAAACAUGUAACAUUCUUUGCAUAAGAUGCAUGUUAUAUAAAAAUGUACAAGGUUGUAUUUGAAUACUAAUAUUUCUUAUAUAUGGAGAUGUACAUUCUGUUUUGGUAAUAGCACUUGCAGAUAUAGCUGUACAGUACAUAUGUUUAAUAUGAAAAUAGAUUCAUCAAGAAAUUAAUAUCUGAUGCUGCUAUUAUUGGCUACAGUGUUAUACAGAAUUUAUCAUGGAUUUUUGACUGCUGAAAAAGGGACAAUGGAAUUUAGCCAUACCAAGGACUGUACUGGAAAGAGUUUGCUCCUCCUGAAUGGGCCCUGAUCAUCACCUAACGCCUUGAAGAGAUUCUUCUAAUUUCCUAUGGAAGUCGAGCUUGUUAUGAGGAUUAAGGACCAAUUUUAACAGCUGCUGCCAGCAGAUGCAGUUAUUAGUCACUAUUGAUGAGUCAACUGUAAAUAAGAUGUGUGUGCAUGGAAUAUCAGCUUUAGACGUCUACACCAAGGGAUGCUGCAUCUCUGAAACCCCAUGAAAAAAGACCAACACAACUCUUUGUGUAUUCUUCUUGGUCACUACAACAGGCCAUACUGUGGAUCAUAAAAGGCACACAAUUUAACAAUAGUGAUGUUAACACAUAUGUUUCCUCAUAGCAACUGUAUUUUUGCAAAGUUUGUAACUUAAGAACAUCAAUGUCAUAGGAUUUUUCAAGAAGUCUUUGCACUCUCAGUUUGCUGUUUCUAUAUUUUUAUGAAUCCUUGUGAAUGUGCCAAGAGAUGGUUUAGUUUUGAUCUGGAUCAGAGAUGUGUGAAUGUAGGUGAAAGUAGUAAACUGAAGAAAAAAAUCACAGACUUCGCCAGAAUUGUAUAGAUGCUUUUUGUUGUUGUUUUGAUUUACUUCAUUGUUACCUCAUAGGUAUUGAAAGAAAUAAAAUAUGGGCAGUUAAAUAUAUUAUAGUUUUUUUAUUGAAAUGAUCACAAAAUAUUAGUAAAUAUAAAGUAGAAAAUAUGAAAUAGAUCUUAAAAUGUAUAUUUUGCAUAACAGAGAGAUUCUUUACUUUUUUGUGAUUUUUGUGAUAAAAUUGUUCUAGUCUAUUCAACGUCUAUGAUGCUUUGUUGCCAGGUACUGUGUGAUAACCUAUGUUCUCUCCCUACUGUUUAAUAAGACCUUCUCUAGAAACUGUUUGUCACCCUAUUUUGAAUGUAAGAACGUUUCCCACAUAUGAAACUCUGUAUUGUGGACCUUUUUGUGAAGCUGUCAAAAGGUGCAUGCAGAAGCCUGGUGGAAGCCAGUGGCCAUGUAACUAACCAAAAUGGAAAAUAAAAUGCAAAAGAUCUUGGGGAGGACGUUGGAACACAACUCAUAAAGUUGCUCAUAUUUUCUUUUC